ACUCUUCUUUCCUCCAUCUCCCAAGUCUCAUAUUAUUAGAAACAUCAAGAAACUAACAAGCCUUUAGGUUUUACGACACACUCUGAUACCAAAAUGCCCCGUUCCGACCGGGCCCGGGAAUAUUCUUGGAAUAAAAGCGAAGAAAACAGCCUGGUCGGGUCGAUUGUUCAAGAAGAAGGCCACAUUUACUCGUUAGCAGCGACAAAUGAUCUUGUGUUCACAGGAUCGGACAAUAAUCACAUUAGGGUUUGGAAGAACCUAAACGAGUUUAGUGAGUUUAAAUCGAACAGCGGUUUGGUGAAAGCGAUAGUGAUAUGCCGUGAGGAUAAUAAUAAGGUGUUCACGGGUCAUCAAGACGGUAAGAUCCGGGUCUGGAAAACCUCGCACAAGAACCCGCGAGUGUACACACGCGCCGGAAGCUUACCGGCUUUGAAAGACGUGUUGAAGAAGUCAGUGAAGCCGAGUAACUACGUGGAGGUGAGAAGACGUCGUACGGCGCUGUGGAUCAAACACUCCGACGCCGUUUCAUGUUUGAGUCUUGUGGAAGAUCAAGGGCUGUUAUACUCCGCCUCAUGGGAUCGGACGGUCAAGGUUUGGCGCAUUCACGAUUUGAAAUGUUUGGAAUCUAUUAAAGCUCAUGAUGACGCCGUCAACUCCGUCGUAGCCGCUGGUUCCGGCGAGGGUCUUGUCUUCACUGGCUCGGCCGAGGGAACGGUUAAGGUUUGGAAACGGGAGGUUCGCGGGAAGCGUACUACGCAUAGUUUGGUUCAGACUCUGCUGAAACAAGAAUCUGCUGUUACGGCUUUGGUUACUAGCCACGUGGCGGUGUAUAGUGGUUCUAGCGACGGUGCUGUGAAUUAUUGGGAGAUGGGAGAGAAGAAAAUGUUGAAGCAUUGUGGUGUUUUCAAGAAGCAUAGGCUUGCUGUGCUCUGCCUCGCGGCAGCUGGAGAAUUGGUGUUUAGUGGUGCGGCGGAUAAGAAGAUAUGCGUGUGGAGGAGAGAAGGGAGAAUUCACUCGUGUGUGUCGGUUUUGACUGGUCAUACCGGACCGGUUAAGUGUUUGGCGGUGGCUGCACCAUCGGGAGAAGAGGACGAAGACGGAAGAGAUGGGAGAUUGAUUGUCUAUAGUGGAAGUCUUGACAAGUCGGUCAAAGUUUGGAGGGUGCCAUGUCAUCAUAUGUAAGAGGGCUUGUUUCCUGCGAGAUUUGGGAUGUAUGUAAGUUUAAUAAGAACCAGAACCAAUCAAAUGUUUGAUUGAUUUUAAGGACAACCAUGUAGGAGUCUAAUAUGAUUAUAGUAAUCUAAUGUAUGAUGCAGGCAUGCAGCCAUGAUAUGUUUGAGAGAGGUUUAU